GUUGGAAAACACAUGCUUGGCUCAACUCAGGAUAACUCCAGAAGACAGCACAGACCAAGAAAGAGGAGGAAAGCAAGAUGAAUGACGUGAAGCUUACUGUUUUGGGAGGUGAAGGAACAGGGAAAUCUGCCCUUAUAGUAAGAUUUCUUACCAAGCGCUUCAUUGGAGAAUAUGCUUCUAAUUUUGAAUCUAUCUAUAACAAGCAUUUGUUUUUGGAAGGGAAGCAGUUGAAUCUGGAAAUAUAUGACCCUUGUUCUCAGCCACAGAAAGCAAAAUUUUCCCUCACAAGUGAGCUGCAUUGGGCAGACGGGUUUGUUAUUGUGUAUGACAUCAGUGACAGGUCUUCCUUUGCAUUUGCAAAAGCAUUAAUCUACAGAAUUCGGGAGCCACAGACAAGUCAUUGUAAAAGAGCUGUGGAGUCAGCAGUGCUUCUGGUGGGUAACAAGCAAGAUCUCUGUCAUGUGCGAGAGGUUGGCUGGACAGAAGGGCACAGACUGGCCCUGGAGAACCGCUGCCGGUUCUGUGAACUCUCUGCAGCAGAGCAAUCUCUGGAGGUGGAAAUGAUGUUCAUCAGAAUUAUCAGGGACAUCCUGACAAACCUCAAACUCAAAGAAAAGAGAAGAUACAGUGGAUCUAAAUCCAUGGCCAAGCUGAUCAAUAAUGUAUUUGGAAAGAGAAGGAAGUCUGUUUAGUAGACAUGUGAUCCUGGGGGAUUUAUUAUAUCAGAGAGUUUCAAACAUUUGUAUGGUAAUUAAAUUUACCUUUUGUGUGCAACUAAAACAUUCUCUUAGAGAUAUGAAAUAAUUAACCAUGAACCACAACUGUGUUUUCAAAUAUAUAGUUUGCCUUUUUGGUUGCUUGUAUCUUAUACAUUUUGCUUCACACUUAACCUUUUCUCUAUACACGGACUAAUAUUAGUAUAAUCUAAUGGUGGAUUACUGUACAGUUUACCUUGCCAAAUAAACCCUGCUUAUGUAAAUUCUUAAACUACCAUUCUUUAGGGCUCAGCUCAGUUCAGUUCAGUUCAGUCGCUCAGUUGUGUCCGACUCUUUGCGACCCCAUGAACCACAGCACACCAGGCCUCCCUGUCCAUCACCAACUUCCAGAGUCUACUCAAACUCAUGUCCAUCGAGUCAGUGAUGCCAUCCAGCCACCUCAUCCUCUGUCGUCCCCUUCUCCUCCUGCCCCCAAUCCCUCCCAGCAUCAGGGCUCAGUUACCUUUAUUUUAUAUGUGUCUUUUAGAUGAAAUAUAUAGUUAUAUUCACCUGGUAGCUCAGCUGGUAACGAAUCCACCUGCAAUGCAGGAGACCCUGGUUCGAUUCUUGGGUCAGGAAGAUCCACUGGAGAAGGGAUAGGCUACCCAGUCCUGUAUUCUUGGGCUUCCCUGG